CACAUCCGCUUCUUUCCUUUUCCUGUUCGAUCUCAUCAUGGCGCCUAUGAAACAGAAGAGACCUGCUGCAGGCAAUAAGUCCAGAAAGGCCCCUUCAUGGAAGUUCACCUUAGACCUGACCCAUCCUGUGGAGGACGGGAUCCUGGACUCGGCAAACUUCGAAACCUUCCUGAAAGAGCGGAUCAAGGUGAACGGAAAGACGGGGAACCUGGGGAACAUCGUCCAGGUCGGCCGCAUGAAGAACAAAAUCAACGUGACGUCUGAAAAACAGUUAUCCAAGAGGUACCUGAAGUACCUGACGAAGAAGUACCUGAAGAAGAACAAUCUCAGGGACUGGCUGAGGGUGGUGGCGUCCGACAAGGAGACGUACGAGCUGCGUUACUUCCAGAUCAGCCAGGACGACGAAGAGUCGGAGGCAGACGAGUGAAGAACUGCAGGAGAGCUCUGCUGAUUUCUGUCUGCAAGAGAAUAAAAGUGGAGAAAAAAAUC